AUGGAGUACGUCUACAACAAUAUGAACUCUCCUAUGACUGGCAGUAUGCAGCAGCAGCAAGCAGAGUUCCAGUUUCCAGCCGAGCAAAGCGCCCAUCAUGGUCGUCAUGAACAGGAUCAGCACCAAGAAAUGGAGCUCACCUUUCCUCCGGAACUGGCCCAGUGCUACGAAAUACCGAGUGCCAUGGACGUCGACGAGAGAGCCGAUGGCCGCGUGGAGCAGAGCGGAGAAUCACAGGCACGCAACGAUACCUCGGCCGUUUCUGUUUCUGCUCUGGAAGCGGCCGUAGAGAAAGGUAAGGCUGUACUCGGGGAACUCCUCUGUAUUUUGUCCCACGUCUCGACUGGAGAUACGGACUGGCGGGACACCAUCAGUGAACUGCUUGAAUCUGCUAAGAAACCCGAGGUCGUGAUUGGGGUGAUUGGGGCCACGGGCGCGGGCAAAUCGUCCCUUAUCAAUGCGAUCGUUGAUGAGGAGGGGAUGCUGGCAACGAACUGUAUGCGUGCCGCCACGGCGGUUGCCACUGAGGUUGCUUAUAAUGAUGGCCCUCGGCGAUACAAAGCGGAAGUUCAGUUUAUCCAGCCUGAGGAGUGGAUGCGAGAGCUGCAAAUCUUGUCUCAUGAGACGCUGGAUAAGCAUCCGGAUAUAGACGCCUUCGAGACUACCAGUGAGAAGAUCAAGGCUGUGUAUCCUGAUCUGGAUAUUGAAGAUCUUCCAGAUACCGCGAUGGAAAUGCUGCUUGGCGAUCCGCGCAUCGCGAACUUGCUGGGAGCCUCGCUCUUGAUCGAGGAAGACGACCCGCAGAUCUUUGCGGACAAGCUCAAGCCAUACACUGACAGCACGAGCGGAACAGGUCCAGAGGACGCGGGACUCUGGCCGCUUAUCAAAACAGUCCGUCUGUACGUCAAAGCCCAGGCGCUGGCAACCGGCGUGGUCCUGGUGGAUCUUCCUGGCCUGUACGACUCAAACGCUGCUCGUGUCGCUGUCGCAGACGACUACCUGAAGCGCUGUGCGGCCCACUGGAUCGUGGCGCCGAUCAACAGAGCUGUGGAUGAUAAGAUCGCCCAGUCGCUGGUCAGCAAGCAUCUCAAGUCGCAGAUGAUUUUCGAUUGCAUAUGCGAUACUUUGACAUUCAUAUGUACGAAGACCGAUGAUAUUUCUGUCACCGAAGUCCAAAAAUGUCUGGGGCUCGAAAGCCCGUCAUUUGAUCGAGAGGAGAGAGAGAAGCGUGAUUUGUCGACCGAGGUGCAAAUGCUCGCAGAGGAAAAGGCGAGAGUCGACGGGUUGCAGCUUGAGAUUCAAGAUGAGAUCGAUAGAAUGGAAGAUGUUUCGGCAGAGUAUCCACUGCCAUCUCCCCUCAAGAGAAGAUGGAACAGCGAUGCCGAAAGCAUGCUCGCUGAAUACCCUACCGCCCAAGCUGCCGCGUGUGCAGCAGAUACGCCAGAGGAUUCUGAAGCCACUCAAACUCCACCCUUAGUCUCAAAAGAGACGAUCCUCCGAGAACGCAAGGCCCUAAAGUCAGAACUUCGCGAACGACGCAACGCCCUCGUUCAACAGAUAAAAGUCAAGCGAGAAAACUUGGAAAGACUCAGAGUUGAUCUGGCCCAGAAACAGGUGAGCAAUAUUCAAAAUUCUAUCCGGGAACGCAACAAUUAUUCCAAGAAAGAGAUCAACAAACACUUUCAGCACUUCAAUCGCGAAAAUGACAACAGGAUCCUGCAUGGCAAGACGGAACUCGAGGGGGGGCUUCCUGUUUUCUGUGUCUCAACCAAGGCAUAUCAAAAGCUCCAAGGUCGGCUUCAGAAUAACGAGCCCGAAGUGGCCGGGUUCACCGAGUUGUCACAAACUGAGAUACCCCAAUUGCAAGCUCACUGUAUCCGUCUGACGGAAGGCCCACGAGAGGCGUCAAGUAGGCUCUUUCUAAUCGAGCUGAAGAAAUUAUUGCAGUCAAUGUCGCUUUGGUCCUCGGCGACCGGUUCAGCUCAUGUCCUGUCGGAUGCAAAGAAGCAGGAGAUGGAGGCUGGAUAUAAAGAAGCGGGAAUGCAAGAAUUGCAAGAUCAACUCUUUUGUAGCCUGCGCGGGACUUUUGCAAGAAACAUCUUCGAGAUGUUGGACAACGCUUGUCAUCAUGGCAGUCGGGGAUUCCGAGAAGUAGUUGCUGAUUGGAACGAAAACGUGCAUUGGAGCACCUACCGAGCCAUAUGCCGUCGCAGCGGGGUCUGGAAAGAAUGGAAUUGGAACCGCGAGGUGGCCCAUCCGAUGCUGGAAUAUAUCCGCUCUUACUGGACCAGGACGUUCAAUGAAGAGAUCCCAUUGCAUCUCAAGAUCUUUUCCCAGAAUAUCAAAACAUGCCUGGACAUCUUCCACAAGAACGUAGUCUCAUCUGCAGAUGGGAGUAUCGCGCAACAGAACAAUGCAAGGCUGCGAAAAACCCUAGGCGCGGCCGCCGACUCCGUGAAACACCAGGUCAAAAAGACCGAGGCGUCACUCAGGAUCCGACAGAAGACUGCGAACCGAUUGUUCGUCGGAGUGAUUGCGGCAGAGCUUGAAGAACCGUUUUGGCGGUGCGCAAAAGAGGCCGGGACUGGGAUGCUCCAGCGGAUGCAAGGCCUCAUGGAGCGUGAAGCCGAGGUGAAUGGGGCACAGAUCCUCAGAAAGAGUGCUCAACGAGUGUGUGAAGAGCUAUCCGGCAUAUUGAAACAGACUGAGGGCAAAAUCGCUCGGAUGGUCCGCGCAACAGUGAGAGAGCUGGCGCGCGAUUACCACACAGCGAUUAUUACACCACAGAUCCUCAAGCUGUCGGAGCAAGAGAUGCAACUGAAAUUAGAAGUGGCUAAAGCCCUUCGCAAAGCAGAGCAGGAUCUCAAAUUGGACCAACUUUAUCUCAGUGUUGAGGACGGUCCGGCAGCAACUUCGGAUGACACUCAGGCGGCGGUGGAGACGGGACCACAAGCCUAA